AUGUUGCCCAGAAGCCUUCUCUUCGCCUGCCUGUUGGCGGGCGCGUCGGCCUUCGUGCCGACGGGCGUGGCGCCCGUGCGUGUGCUCGUGCCAGCGGCCGGCGCCCCGUCGCUGGCGUCCUCGCCUGCGAUGAGCUCGGUCAUGAAGAAGGCCAAGGCGGCCAAGCGCAAGGGCAAGUCCUCGAGCGCCGUCGCGAAGCGCUUCAAGGUGACCGCGACGGGCAAACUGCUGCGGCACUCGGCCUUCAAGUCGCACAUCCUCACCAAGAAGCACCCCCUCCGCAAGCAGAAGCUGCGCCGGACUCUCCAGGCCGACGAGUCACAGGCACGCCUCAAAACGAUGCAGAAGCUGAUGCUCGUGGUGCCGAAGAAGAAGUAG